AUAUACACUCUCCUUGAUUGGAGUGAUGGUAUAGUUAAAAAUAAAACGUUUAAAAUAAGCAGCUUCGUUGUGAUGGUAGCAUUUAGCACAUAAUUGGCCUUGCUCUGAGGCGCACGUAAUUUAACCAACUAAUUUAGCAUUGUAGCGAUAGCGAUUUAUAUAAGCAUAUAAGACAACUAUGCUAUGCAGUUAGUGCAGAAAUUCAGUGCCGGUAUGUAUGUGCUGCAAGGACUUACUUUAGUGAGCUAGCUUAGCAUAGUAGCCAAAACGUUUUUAUUGAAGCACCUCUAUGCAAACUAGCAAUAUGCUAUGUAGGACAUUAACGUAUACCCUCUUGCGUGGACAAAUUUAACAAGAUAGUUUUGCAUUAUAGUGUAACUCUUUUAUAAAAGCGCUAAGAAAGCUAUGUAAUGCAGCUACAUUGUUUAAAGAAAAUUACAAAUUGGUGUGGCAGCAGGCAGAAAUUUAGCCUAUAAUACCAAUAAUGUGUAAAAUCAUUAUAUUUUAUUUUUUAGAAUUGGCAAUGCCUUCCCUGAGAAGCAGGAAAUCACCAAAACAGGAUGCCAUUGAACAUGCUUUAAUGGGUCUGGAUAAGACUCUCGAGUUGGAGAAGAAGUACAUCAGUUCUUUUAAAGGUCGAGGAGUAUUUACCAAAGCCCCUUUCAGGAAAGAAGAUUUUGUGGUGGAGUACAGAGGAGAAUUAAUAGAUUGGGAUGAAUCCCAAAAGAGAAAGAUGGACUAUGGAACAGGAAGAGUCUUUGUCUUUGAUUUCCGCUGGCAAGAAAAAACUUGGUGCAUUGAUGCUGCCAAAGAAGAUGGCAGUCUCGGAAGACUGGUCAAUGAUGACCACAAGCACCCAAAUUGUAAAAUGAAGAUGAUUGUGACAGAGGGCAAGCCUCACCUGUGUUUAUUUGCACAAAGAGACCUUGACAUUGGUGAAGAGAUAACUUAUGACUACGGACCAGCGGACUGGCCUUGGAGGAAAAAGGACAAAGGACAAUCGACUGUGACGAAAACUGCUGAGAGUGAAAUUUCCAGGACCAGAGAGCAGCCUCCACAAUCUAAAGACUCGGAUAUGGAGGUUGGAGGAAGCCAUUCCACUGUGACUGAAUAUUCUGAGGUUGGGGUCUCCAGAACCAGAGAGCAACAGUCUCCGAAAUCUACACACGCUGCAAUGGAGGACGUACAGUUGAAUUUAAGUGAAUCUCCGGAAUUUGAGAUGUCAAGCACCACCGAGCAUUCCUCUCUAGGACCUACGAAGUCAGAAGUGAAGAAAUUGGAUUCAAACCAUUCUUUUCCCAUGGACAAAAAAAACCUGCACAAUAUGGGUUUGGUUAACUACACUGAUUCUGAUGAAUCCCAGGAGCUAUCCAUAAAUCUUUACCAAAGUACUAUCCCAAAGCUCAGGAGAACUAAAUGUAUGCAGGUCAACAGCACACUUAGCCGUUAUCAGGUGGGAAAUGAAAUUGACGGUAAUGGAGAGCUUCUUUACUCCACCUCAGAGGACAGUGGAGAUGAAUAUAUUCCAGGCACAAGUGAGGAAUCAGAUGAGAGUGAAGGUUUGCAAUGUGUCGACUCUCUCGUUAAGAAGGAUAUCAUCAAAGAUUUGUUUCACCUUACAAAUACCUCAAAAGCCUCCUCGAUGCCAUCUGUUAUGCACGUUGAUGGACCAUCUCCUCAGCAUAUACCCAAACGUCAGUCCACCAAACGGAAACAAAAGUCACCCAAAAAAGGAAAAGGUCGACAACCGGUUAAAAAGAAGCCAUGGAAGAAAGAGGUCUUGGCUCUUGAGAAGCAUAUGAUGUCAUUCAUCACUACCUGCCGUGUUCCACGGAAGAGCGACUGCGAUGACUGCCUUAAAAAGGAACAAGUAGCACUCAAAAACAGGCAUUGGUCAGCAGUAAAAUUUUACAUUAAAAACAAGAUCACAGAUCUCAAAAGGAGAGUUUAGGGGGAUGUAGGGGUUAUAUAUGGUGACCCUUUUUAUAUUGCUAUUUGUGCUUUGUGACCAUCUGUACAGACCUCCGUGAAGUUGCCCCAUCAGAUGAAAAUUUAUAUAAAAAUGAUGGCAAUAGUUUGUGCGUUUUUUUUUUUUUUUUGUGUCCUGCUAUUGUUGCAAUAUUUCUCUUAUAGGUUUGAGGUCAAUCAACCUCCCAUUUUGAUUUAAAAAAUGGUGUCAAUUGUUUGUGCUGUAAAAAAUUGUCGUUUGUGCUGCGAUCGUUUUAUAGAUAUUGAGAUAUUAAUUUCGAGUGAAGACGUCAUAACUCCCAUGGCUGACGGAGCUUAUCAACUCUCAAUAACAGAGGGCUGUCCAAACAACUAGCACGAACGUAUCAGGAACGAAUGGCACUUCUGGUCCAUUUUGCGGUUAAUGAGGAGCUGAGGGUGACGUCAUCACUCGUAAUUCAAAUCUCAAGCCCCCCCAUUCACUACAAAAUGGACCCGAAUUCGUUUCUGCUCGUUAUUGACACCCUCGUUAUUGAGACUUGAUACGCUCCGUGAGCCAUGGGAGUUAUGACAUCCUCACUGGAAAUUAAUAUCUAAAUAUAUAUAAAAUG